AAAUAUUUUUUUUUCGGAAGAAGAUCCCUACAAAGCGGCCCUAUUUCUUUUCAGACAGAAAAAGUCGAAGAAUCCCAAAACCGACGAUGUACGCCAGGACAAAUACCGGCAGCACACACGGAGACUUUCAAGACAGAAACGGAGUGAAUUAUGUGACAUCGACAGAGUCUUUCGGCCACUGCUCUCAAUUGUUCUGGAAAAAGGAUCCGAACGACUCCGGACCGAGUUCGACCAUCAGCUGGUGCGAUCAGCUCCCUUCGUCCUCCGCAGCACUCUCCAGUUCCAGUCUCUCCUCAGCGUCACUCUCCAGCUCCAGUCUGUCCUUGGAGUCCCGAGCGCCGCCACCGCCGCCGGCGACGACGGCGUCAGACGACAUGGAGUCGGACGAGAGGCCGUACGUCUGCGACCUGUGCACCUGCGCCUACAAGCACGCCAGCUCCCUGCUCAACCACAAGCUCACCCACAAGACUGGAGACUUCAGGUGCGACUUCUGUAGCAAGCCCUACACCAACUACAUGUCCCUGCGCAACCACAUGCGAAUCCACGGUCAGAAGCGCUACAUGUGCGACCUCUGCGGGAAGGCCUUCCGCUUAGCCCGGUACCUCCGCAACCACCAGAGGAUCCACGACGACGGGCCCAACCGCUUCGACUGUCCCUCCUGCUGCAAGAGCUACAGGACCAUGCUGGAGCUGGCCCAGCACCGCUGCACCGCUGCUGCAACCAACCAGAACCGGUUCAACUGCCCGUCCUGCUUUAAGAGCUACCGAACCAUGCUGGACCUGGCCCAGCAUCGCUGCAGCGCCGCGGCCAAAAACCAGUCCGGCAGUCGUCGUUCCAAUUACUCCAACACUGCCCGCCGCCAGCAGCAACAGCAACAACAGCAGCAGCAACAGCAGAACAGCGCUAACUCCAUGAUGCAACCGCAGCAUGGAGGACACGGCCAGCAGGAACCUCUGCCCUCCCACUGCGUCUCCCCCAUGUCUCAGGGAGGGCAGGGCGGUGUGAGCAGCCAGUCUGUGCCUGACCCCCACCAGCAGGGCCGUCCCAGCUCGGUGUCCUCCCAGAGCAGCCAGCAGAGCAUGAGGAGCUCGUCCUCCAACAAACACGUCUCCUCCUCCAGCGCCACCCCGUCCUCCUCCUACUCCCUGCUCCAGCCCCUGGUGCCUGAGGUAAAGGAGAUGAGCUCGGGAUACACUAGACUGAGCGCCAACCCCAUGCCGAAGCACCAGGACACUUUCUCUCUGGCCCCCCAGCGGCCCCUCACCACCAUCAACCCCAUCGGCCACUCCCUCCAUCCGAACGGAGCGCCCACGCUCAAGCCUUCCCCCGUGCCACGCACCAUCCAGGCCAUGCCCUGGGAGCAGCGCUCCCUCUACAAUCAAUGAGACCUCCCGGGAACCAGCCGCCCCGCCUCACGGUCGCGUCCUCCACCACCACCACCCCCCACACGCCCUCCUCCUCCUCCUCCUCCUCUCAGCCUCUUUCGGACCCAGCAUCAAGGAGGAAGGAGUUGGGAUGCCCCUCCACCACCCC